AUGUCAACGGACGAAAUAUCAGGCCAGGGCUUCGGUAGCCAUCCAUCAGCUGAGAGCCUUGUCAAUUGGUUUACGCAAAAUGGGGGUCAGCUCAGUCCAGACGUCCAGAUCGUCUACAGCGACUCGCAUGGCUUUCACAUGCGCGCUGCGAGGCCAUUGAGCUCCACUGUGGUGGCUUCAUGCCCAUUGAAGCUGACGCUGUCUUCUCUCAACUUAGACCCAGAGGAGAAGGAGGUGUUGUACAUCGAGAGCCCUCUUCAACGGUGUCGGGGGAAGAUUCCGGAUCACAUUCUGACGUACCUGCUGUUGAUUGAACAGCGCAAGAGGGGCGAUCAGUCGCCAUGGCACGCCUACAUCACAUGUCUACCAGGGCCUGAAAGCAUGACUACGCCUCUGUGGUUUGACGAGAGCGAUAUCGCCUUUUUGACCGGUACCAGCCUAGUGCCUGCGACCAAGGAAAGAAAGGCUGAGUUGCAACACCAAUGGGAAAAUGCUGUGGCUGUCUUGAAAGAGCUUGGUAUGCCUCUUGCUGACGAGAUCGAACUCGAUUCGUUACUAUGGGCAGCCACCAUCUUCACUUCGCGAGCCUUCAUCUCGACCCACAUAUUACCGGAAAGAGAGACCAUACCUAUUCUCUUUCCGGUGAUCGAUAUUCUGAAUCACUCUGUAUCCGCCAAAGUAGAAUGGGACUUCCAGCCUCACCAGUCUUUCACGCUCAAGUGCCUUGAAGGCGAGUCGUUUCAGUCCGGCCAGGAACUGUUCAACAACUACGCACCUAAGCAGAACGAUGAGCUACUCCUCGGCUAUGGUUUCUGCCUAGAAGAAAAUCCUAUUGAGCAGUUUGCUUUGAAGCUCGCGUUCCAGCCGCAACUACAGCAGUAUGCGCAGCAGCUAGGUCUGCUGAAUCCAGAGAAUGUGCCUUUUGGCAUGUCGAAAGAUUUCCUGGCCACCGAUCCGAACAAGGAGCAGCAUUUCCUACGCGCCAAGGACCAUCCAUUCGGUCGCUACGAUAACCACGUACCCUUCUUCCGUGGUGUGCCUCCGUAUAUUGUUCACUUCUUCUUCAUCCAGACAAUCAUAACUUCUGAAGUGGAUGUGAGCACUAUCGACGUCGCAAGACCAGGCCCGAGAAUUACGCUGCAAGUAUUGGUACUCCUGCACCAAGCGCUGGAGCAGAGGUGCAGUACUCUUCCACUGCAGAUAGAUCAGGAACCCCGGAACGACAAGCAAAAAUACGCGAAGAUCUAUCGGGACAGCCAGGCCAGAAUCAUCCAUUCAGUGCGGCAAGAGCUCAAGGAUGCGAUCACCAAGUUGCGCUCACCCAACGCUGAACUUCCCACCCGCGCCUUGCACAGUCUCUCUGAUGUGCUGGCAGCCUUCAGCACCGACCUUCCAGAACCAGCGAAAACCUUCUCAAGCGCUCUCAACAAACAUGGUAUUCAAGGUCAACAAAACGAAGGUCUGGAGUGGACGGUGUUAUUGGCCGUCCUGUUAUCGUUGAUGUUGACUACACAAGACACAAACGACAUUAAGAUCUUUGCUCUGAUGCGCGACUUGUGCUCCAAACACACCCUUCCCACACUCGAAGACGGCAUUGAAGAUGUUGACACAUACACCUUCGUCGACGAAAACCUCGGCGACUUCGUGCAUCUCCCUUCUGCAGAUGCAAACGCCGCACCGACGGAUAUACUAGACGACUUGGGCAUGACGUUCGUCAAUCAGCCAGUCGAUAGCACAGCACCUGUCUUCAUCAAAGGACGCACAGAGAACCUCGGCGCGAGGAUAAUCAUGUGGGCAAUGAAGGUGGUAGAGAAAGACGUUGUACCUGUGUUUGUAGAGGGGCAGAUAGUAAGAUGUCUGUAUGCCAGAGCGCAGACAACGGAGAAGGGGCAAAGUGACGAGGCGUGGAUGUAUGAGUAG